AUGAGUCAGGUAUUCGAAGGAUAUGAGCGUCAAUACUGUGAGCUUUCCGCUAAUUUGUCGCGGAAAUGCACCUCCACUAGUGUCCUCCUUGGAGAGCAGAAGAAGCAGAAUCUUUCUGAAGUUAAAACUGGAUUGGAUGAUGCUGAUGCCUUGAUUCGGAAAAUGGACCUGGAAGCAAGGAGCUUGCCACCAAAUAUAAAAUCGCCCCUUCUUGCUAAGAUACGGGAGUAUAAAACUGAUCUAAUCAAUUUGAAGAGUGAAGUUAAGAGAAUCUCAUCUUCUAAUGUCAGCCAGGCUGCCAGAGAUGAACUGCUGGAAUCUGGAAUGGCCGAUGCAAAGACGGUGUCUUCAAACCAACGAGGAAGGCUAUUGAUGUCGACAGAGAGACUUAACCAAUCCAGCGACCGAAUUAAAGACAGCAGAAGAACAAUGUUGGAAACAGAAGAGCUUGGAGUAUCCAUCCUUCAAGAUCUGCAUCAGCAACGUCAAGCUCUCUUGCACGCCCAUGGCACGCUGCAUGGGGUAGAUGACAACAUUGGGAGAAGUAAGAAGGUAUUGACGGUAAUGUCAAGAAGGAUGAACAGGAACAAGAGGAUGGUUGGUUGCAUCAUUGCAGCUUUAGUCCUUGCCAUCUUAGUGGUUCUCUAUUUCAAGCUAUUUCGGUAG